AUGCCUCACCUUCUGCAGGCCCUCCGCCGGUCCAUCAAGGGCGAAAAGGACAACGCCAAGAUCAACAUUGCCCCAAAGUCGGCUGUUGCCAUUGUUCCUCCAAAGAAGGUUAUUCGAGCCUUAUACGACUAUGAAGCGCAAUCCAAUCAGGAACUGAGCUUCUCUCGAGGCGAUUUCUUCCACGUCAUCGGCCGAGAAAACGAUCCCGACUGGUACGAAGCAUGCAAUCCUGCUCUGCCCGAUGCCCGUGGCCUCGUGCCCGUUGCCUUCUUCCAGGCACUGGGCCGCACCGAGAGAGACAGCGGUCAGUCCGACGGCGGUGCCCUGCCCCGGCCACCGACCAUGUCUCCGACAAUCUCCAAGAACCCCGAUCACGAUUCUGGCUACGCCGAGGCUGCGCCGCCUGCUGGUGCUAUGCAAUCGCCGCCCCCGACCCAACGCAUGUCCCGUUCCGGCAGCAGAUCUGGCGCCAUGGUCUAUGGCAUCGUCAUGUACGAUUUUGUGGCAGAACGUGCCGACGAGUUGGAGGCCAAGGCCGGCGAAGCCAUCAUCGUCAUUGCGCAAUCCAACCCCGAAUGGUUCGUCGCCAAGCCCAUCGGUAGACUCGGCGGUCCCGGUCUGAUCCCCGUAUCUUUCGUCGAAAUUCGCGACAUGGCUACUGACACCGCCGUUGGUGAUGCCUCAAAUGCCAUAAAAAAGGCGGGCAUUCCAAAGGUUGAAGAGUGGAAGAAGAUGGCGGCCGAUUACAAGAACAGCAGCAUUACCCUGGGCAAGUUCGACAACGGUGCUGCACCACAGCAAGGAUCUAUUGAGCAAGGCAUGGAGCGCAUGAGCAUUCAACAAGGCGGACGCACAAGUUCACAGAACGGCAAUAACUACCAGCAGCAACAGCAGCAACAACAACAACAGGCUGCCUAUCAGCGUAACUCCCAACAGACCUCUCAACCCAGUCCAUAUGCCAAGCCAGCGUCGCAGCUGUAUGCGCCUAUUUCGGCACGCAUUCCUAGAUACUGCUUUGCCGAGGACAAGUAUUGGUUCGUCAUCGAGGCGGUUCUAGAGGAUAGCCGUCACUGGGAACUGUCGAGAUACUACGAAGACUUCUACGACUUCCAGAUCGCUCUGCUCACGGAGUUCCCGGCCGAGGCAGGCAAUACUGGAACCCAGAAGCGCACCCUCCCGUACAUGCCUGGCCCCGUCAACUAUGUCACAGACGCCAUCACCGAGGGCCGUCUGCACAACCUGGAUGCCUACGUCAAGAACCUUCUCGCGCAGCCACCCUACAUCGCAAGAUGCGCACUUGUCAAGCAGUUCUUCGCGCCUAGGGAGGGUGACUACGAAAUCGACCCCAGCGCGCCCAAUGAAGAGUACAGACUUUCUGGCGGUUCACAACCGUCAUCAACCGACUCGCCGGCGGAUGCGGCAUCACGGCAGUCAUCCAAGAAUAACCUAAACGGCAACGGGUACGGCGGUCUCUCUGCUGCGCCUCAACAACGAGCCAUGGGCCAACCAGGCCCGAACCGACAGCCGUCGUCGUCCCUGUCCCAAUCUCAACCCGUUACCACACCCGGCAUCAGUCAAGGGCAAAUCAUGAAGAUCAAACUUUACUUCAACGGUGAUCUCAUCGCCAUCCGAGUUCCUACGGAAAUACAAUUCCAACAACUCUACGACAAGAUUGUGGACAGGCUCAAAAUCCCUGUCGGCGAAGAGAUUCAACUCUUCUACAAGGACGAGGCCACUGGCGACAAGCCCAACUUGAUGAGCGACAACGACCUUGACUAUGCCUUGCAAAGAAACGAAAAGCUCCUGCUGUAUGUGGAGCAAGUCUGA